AUGAAGUUAGAUAUAUCAUGUUUUAGUUUUUUAUCGAAAAAUGAGUAUCGAGUUUUGACGGCAAUUGAGAUGGGAAUGAAAAAUCAUGAGUAUUUGCCAGUUUCAUUAAUAGCAACUAUAGCUAAUUUGAGAAAAGAAGGAAUAACAAAUGUUUUAAAAAAAUUAUUAAAAAAUAAGUUAAUAAGUCAUCAAAAUAAAAAAUAUGAUGGAUAUAAAUUGACAUAUUUAGGAUAUGAUUUUCUAGCUCUUAGAACUUUUUUAAAAAGAGGAAUACUAAAAAGUAUAGGUAAUCAAAUAGGGGUUGGAAAAGAAUCAGAUAUAUAUAUUUGCAAAGAUGUAAAUGAAAAUUUAUUAUGUUUAAAAAUUCAUAGAUUAGGUAGGAUUUCCUUUAGAACUAUUAAGAAUAAUAGGGAUUAUUAUGGAAAAAAAACUUUCAGAAAUUGGUUAUAUUUAUCAAGAAUUGCAGCAACUAAAGAAUAUGCUUAUUUAAAAGCAUUAUAUGAAAAUGAUUUUCCAGUACCGAAACCUUAUGAUAUCAAUAGGCAUAUGAUAAUAAUGUCAUAUGUCAAUGGUUAUCCUCUAUCUCAUGUUAAAUUAAACAAUCCUUUUAAAGUUAUAGAUUUUUUAAUAAAUACAAUUGUAAAAUUUGCAAAAGCAGAUAUUAUUCACGGUGAUUUUAAUGAAUUCAAUAUUUUAAUUGAUGACUACGAAAAUGUUACUGUUAUUGAUUUUCCGCAAAUUGUUUCAUUACAUCAUGAAAAUGCUAAGAUGUAUUUUGAAAGAGAUCUUAAGUGCAUUAUUAACCAUUUUUUUAAAAAAUAUAAGAUUAAAAUUGUAGAAUAUCCUAUAUAUGAAGAUGUUAUUUCAUUAAAUAAUGAUAAAUUAAUAAUAGAUGAAAAUCAUUUAUCAAAAAAUGAAGAUAAAAUGCUUUUAGAAAUUUUACAAAAUGAUAAAUCAGAUUAUGAUUCUGAUUAUUCAAACAUAUCUAACAAAUCAAAUAUUAAUGAGGUAGUAUAUUCAGAAGAAGCUGAUGAAAUAAAUACUCCAUAUAGUAAUAAGGAGAUAGAUAAAUGCAAUAAAGAAGAAACUGAAGUAAAAGAAAAUAAUGAAAAGGAAGAUAAAAAAGAAAAUACUGAAAAUAUAAAAAAAGCAAAUAAAGAAAUAGAUCAAAAUAACACUAUAUUCUAUGAUAGUCAUGAAACCUUAGGAAAUAAUUUUAAAGAUGCUUACACAAAUGAUGAAAAUAAAAAAAAUCAAAAUUCUAAAUUAGAAAAAAGAGAAGAUACAAUAGAAAAUAUUAUCAAAGGAGAUUUUGAAAAUGAAGAAAUAAUGGAAAUGGUAAAUAAGGAAAGUAAAAAAAAGGAAGGCAAAACUGAAAAUAAAAUUAUUACUGAUGAAAAGGAAAUAAUUAUAAAUGAUAAGAGUUAUGAAAUUUACGAAAGUUAUGAAAAUGAAGAAAAUUAUGAAAAUGAAGAAAAUUAUGAAAAUGAAGAAAGUUAUGAAAAUGAAGAAAGUUAUGAAAAUGAAGAAAGCUAUGAAAAUGAAGAAAGUUAUGAAAAUGAAGAAAGUUAUGAAAAUGAAGAUAGUAAAAAAAAAAAUGAUGAAAUCAAAGAAAAUUCUCUCGAUUCUAUGGAAAAAAAGAGUUACCAAAAUGAGAUUAAAAUAAAUGAUAAAAUGGAACAAUCAAAAAAUUGUAAUAGUAGUAAUAAUAGUAUUUCAUAUAAUGAUAUAAUUAGUUUAAGUACAAAUGAAUCAAAUGAAAGUAAUACAACAGAAUAUUCCAGUUGUGCUUCAAAUGGCAAUUUUUCAGAAGAUAAUACAAAAAAACUUUCUGACACAUGGAAACCUCAUUUAAAAAAAUACACAAAAGAAUAUGUUAAAAAUAAAUUAAAAUAUAUGUACAGAAAAAAGAAAAAUAAAGAAAAAUACAAAGAAAAUUUGAAAACAAAAAAUAAAAAAAAAAUUAUGGAGAAAAUUAAAAAUUAUUUAUAA